AUGAGUAAUAAUUUGGAUAAUGAUAGGUCACUUAGUAGUAAAAUGCAUCCAAUAGAUUUAGCGCCUCAAAAAAUAACUAUAGUGAAAAGUGUAAGUAGUGUUUCUAGUUCAGAUAUGAAAAUGACACAUCUGAUUCCGGGUACAGCUAAAACAACAGGUUCAAGUCAAAUAAUAGCCCAUGCUAGCCCCGGAACGGGAAUGAUGCGUUCAGGGCUUGCACAAAUCAUUGCGUCGAAUGUUGUUUCACAGCCUCAAAUGAUAAUCAGUGGAUCACCUAUUUUACAAGGUGCUCAAAUUGUAAGUCAGGGAUCUCAGUUGAUUGGUCAAGGCUCACAGAUUUCCCAAUCGCAGCUGAUUACUAGUGGCCCUCUUAUAAGUCCUGGUACACAGAUCAUAAGUCAAGGAACCCAGUUGUCUGCCCAAGUGUCUAAUGCCAAUACAGUUGGAUCAAGCAAUGUUCAAUCAAGUGUAACCUCUUCUGUGAGUGCAACUCAAGUGUUGAAUGUUGGAAGCCAGCUGGUCAGUGGGGCUGGUAACCUGGUGGUCAACUCAUCUGUACGGACAUUGCCUCCUACAGUUAGAGUGUUACCUCCAUUGCCACACCAUAAUAAUCGGCCAGCUGUUCUGUCAAGUGUGAAUGUCAGUAGCGCCAGUGGUGUGCUGGUUAGCAAAGGAGUGGGACUCGGCGUGACGAGCCAUAUAAGUCAUGUGCCGCGCGGUCUCGCGGCCGGCGCGUCUCUCGCCGUGCGACCAGUCACCCCUGCUUCUAACACCCAAGCAACUUCUGGUGGUGCCUGGUCUGGGGCAUCUCGUGGUCCACGUAGUACACUAGUGUAUGGUCAGAGGGGUGCACGGGCGAAUGCGCCAAGCUCUUCCCCAGCUCCCUCACAACCAACUCACUCUACUGUUGUUACCUUACCUACUACACCUGUACUAACUUCAGGGCGCGGAGCCCCGCCGCGUACUCCCACGCCAACUCCUGCGGCCACCGCGCCCAGACCACUGCCACUACUGCAGAGAAACUACCAACCUGCUAAGGUGGUUGGUGUAGCAAGCGUGGGUGUCCGUGGAGUCGUGGGGAACAGUGCUCCGACGCAGCUGUACUACGAAGUCCCGCGCGGCGCGCACUCUGCGCACGGCGCGCCGCCCGCGCACGUCGCGCCCGCCCUGCCGCGCGCACUCGCUCCGUAUCUGCACCAAUCGUCAGCACAGCCCCAGCAGACUCAAGUAACGGUUGUGAAUGCUGUAUCAGCGUCGCCAGAAACCCGCAUACCAGUGUCCUCCGUCCCAAAUCAGACAGUAUUGCCAAGACCGUCCAUACUUAGGAAAAGAGAUCUCGAUGGGUCUCCAAGCAAGAACUCUAGUUUUGGUCGAUCAGGCUGGGAGGAUGUACCGGUGGGUGGUUGUGGCGGUGGCUCGGGCGGUUCCACGACCAUCAGUGCGUCAUCCUCUCCCGCACCUGAUGAUGAGCCAGAACCGCCACGUCCAGACCCUGAUCUUAGUCCACGCAAGAAACCUCGGAAACAGAUGUUGAGUAAUGAAGUGAGACAAUGCGACUAUCAAGGAGAGGAGCCGCCGCCCACUCCACCGCCAGUCUCAUUUAACCCUCCAAAACAUAUUGAAGAUAAACCAAAGUGGAAGAAAAGAAUAAGGAAGGAUGUCCCUGCGGCCAUUAAGGGUCCACUAUUAAGUUCGAGUUACGUGUGCGGUUGGCGUAGUACGGCGUUGCAUUUCACCCGGCCGUCUGACGUGCGGCGAAGGGAACCUCGCACACGAGAUAUUGUUUCGAUAGCCAGCCAGAAACACGUACUGACCAGUGCUGAGGGAUGGAAAGUACAUCAUCUAACUGCACAGAUGGAUGACUUGAUGUCUUUGGAAUCUGACGUUGGAGAGCAAUUAGCGGGCCUACUGCGAGCUCUCGAAACAGCAUCAGGACGCGCGAUAUCCGCUCUUGAGCCACAUUCCCAUACGAUACUCGAGUUACUCAAGGGUAAUAUUCAAAGAAGUAAGAUAGUGUGUGAAGGAAUACAAGAAGCUCGUGAGGACAUUCUUCGUGUAUUUACACAUAGAAACUUCGUGUCUGAUAUUCUCACAAGACAAGCCGAUAAGAGAUGUUUCAGGAAGCAUCGGUCACAGUCGUAG